AUGCCACCCGCCGCGGACCUCCAGAAGACGCCCGAGUACAAGACCCAGCUCCUCCGCUACGUCCUCGCCAUCAAAGACGAAUAUCGCGACCGAGAUCCCGAUUACGUUUCCUUCUUCAACUACGCCGGCAAGACAUUCCACUACGAGGGCGUACCACCCCUCGAUGGUCCCGAUGAGCUGUCCGUCUUCCUCGACGCGGAAGUCUACACCUGGACUAAAGAGGUGGACGGCACCAAGAAGCGAAGACCAGGACAUGAGCAGGGCAGCGAGUACGAUCAUUUGAUGACAGCUUUUUCCAAAGCGCUGGAUGCCAUCAUCGUUGAUCACUGGCAUUGGGUGGUUACUCAACCUGGGCCCAACGAGAGGAAGUUUGCAGAGGUACCAGAGGACUACCGCAGCAAAGUCAAGCGAUUAGUAUCUUCGGUUGGCAAGAGAAUAGUCAAAUCUGGUAGCGCGCACGAGUUCGCCGCCCACGCCGCCAAAAUGUACAACAUGUCCCGGACCGAGCGGCAUGACUUCGAGUACAAUGCUGUCAAGCUUGAGCGCGUUGUCAACGCGGCCAUGACCCGAGCCAGGGAAGUCGGCAAGGCUGAUCUUGCCGAUGCCGUGCAUGAGCUCUACAAAGACUCGUUGCAGAAUAUGGAUCUGAGGAUCCUGCUCGAAAAGACUCUCACCCAAAGAUGUAACGAGACGGAGACGAACGAAUUUCAAGACUAUGUGCGGAAGGCGAAGAGGAAGCUGAAGCAAGAAAAGGCCAACAAGAUCGGCGUGAUUCCACCCUACAAGGAUCGGGUAGACGGGUUGGAUAAGUCGACCCCAAAGUCGGCGGAUGUGAAAUCGUCACAGAGCAAGCCGCAGCAGACUUCGAAGACAUUCGUCACUUCACUAGCCCCGACCAAUGUCACCACGAAGGGGAAGACAAGCCUCGAUUCGCCAGCGCCCAAAGUGGUUGUCUCCAAGAUUGAGGACGAGGUCAACACAAAGGCGACCAGUAAGUCGGCCUCCCAACAAGGCCCGUCUUGCAACGCGAACGGUCGUUUGGAUAGUCAUCAUGCGACCGAGGAUAGUGGGUACGGCAGUGCGAAAGAUGCGACCCCUUCAGAGAACGGCUCCAACAAGCGAAAGACAGCGUCCAUCACGUCUGAAGAAGCUGCAGAACAGGAGGAUUUAGAGGAAGCUAAGCGCGCUUCGAAACGGAGAAGACGGGCAGGAAGUGACGACAGCGGCAGCUAUCAUCCGUCAAUGGACGGGAAUCGUCGCAAAAAGUCCACACCAAGGAAGAACGCCAACGAAUCUCACGAAAGGACCUCCCGUGAUAGCUCGCCUCUUAGCUCGAUUCUUUCUUCCCCUGACGAUAUGGACAUUGAGCAGGCGAAGGAAGCGUAUGUUGAUGAGAUGGUACGUAGGAAGUCAGCGGACGCCGCAAGGAAAGCCAUCGAAGAGAAGUACGGCCCAGUAUCGCCAAGCAUCAUAGGAGAUGCCCGCUCAGAGCCGGCCGAGUCUUGGGCAUCGAUGCCCUCGCCAACGAUGGAACCAGCAAGGCCAGCCGCGGCGGUGGUCACAUCAGCGGCCAGGAAUAUCACAGAUCAAGCGACAGCUGGUGCACAGGACAGCGAGGCACAGUCUGAGAUACCUGGCCCGCCUCCCGAAGGCUUCACGCCAGACGAAGGAGCUCAUGCGUACAAGCUCAUCACUGCCACGGUCGCCGAAGCCAUCAUUCCGUACUUCAAACACGUGGAAACGAAGCUCGACAAACUCGAGACUCAACAGAAAGCAGUGACGCAGACUUCUUCCGAACAGGUUCUGCCGUCAUCGAAAGAGCUCAUGGACGCUGCGAAAGCGCUGCAGUCCGGAUCAUUGCAGGCCAACAACAAUAAAACGACACAAUUGAUCUCACAACUACUAAAGAAUGCCGCGGAUGCUUCGAUACACGCUGCUGAAGCGGCACGGAAAGCCGGUGAGGUGGCGAGGAAUGUCAGCGAAGUGCUCAUGCACAUUUCCAGCAAGAAGGAUGAAACUGCAGCUGGGUCCUCCUCAGGCGGUCAGCGAAAGAAGAAAUGA